UCGCAGCAUGAGGCGUCUCGUUUUGGGAGCCUGUGAAAGUGUUGUGAAAAUCAGUGACGGUGGGAAACGUGGACAAGAGCAUUUUGUCCUCGGAUCAAAAAGAAAAUGAGCUAGGGGAGAUUAGCGUUUUCGUCGCUGGAGAUAAUACAAGAAGAUAGGACAGGACAAAGAUGCUAAGAGGGCGUAAGAGAGUGGUGGAAGUUGACGGUGGAUUCAGAGUUUGAGGACGGUCAAGUUGAACAAGGCUCGGCGUUUGACACCCAUUUCUACAUAUGCCUCAAGAGCUACCUGGAUUGUACUGGGACGAAGAAAAACAACGCUACUUUCCUCUAACUUCGAGAUCUCGGAGGCCCCAAGUCGCGGGCCCCACUGGUAGCACUUCACAUCCGCCGACCCACUGGCAGCCGCAUUCAGCAUCUCAGGCCACGGGGGAAUCGCAGAACUGGAAAAGGCAUAGAAUUCGUUCUCUCUUGCGCGCCAGUGAAGAUGCCAGAUCCAGCCUCCGUACCUCUCAUACAAACAAGUUGAUGCACCAGAUAUCGUGCUCCCAAGUAGUGCAGACAUCCCAUGUCGCAUCCUCAUCCAUCCUAUCACACACACACUGCGCUAUCACUGCCUUUCAGGCCGUAUCCUACGAUAACAGUCUUCACAGUUUCGCAGGGGACACAGGAGGAUGGUUUUACUCGUCAGUAAUUGGUCAAGGCGAAUCAGCCACAGGGUACCACACCUCACACGGCUGGCGCCCAGAGUUCAGUCUCUCCUCAGAGAUCUCUUCUAUAUGUAUAUCUGGUUCCCGCUGCAUCGCAACAUCUUUUGGUCCAGAGAGCAAAAUAUUACACUUUCCCCUCGACUCGGACUCAGAAGACAUUCGUGUGACUCGUGUGAACAAUCGGUCUGUUCGCGACAUAUGGACAGCUGAUCUUCAAGGUACUCGUUUGGUUCUGGGCACCAACGAUCAGGCCGUUGUCAUCGAUGACGCUGCCGACAGAGCGACUGUCUGUUUUUUGAAAACGAGUAGUGACGUAUUUGCCGUUGCUCAAGAUAAUAAUAUUAUUUAUACAGGGUCCCGCGCUGGCAUUGUCCGACGCUUUGAUAGCCGUAUAGCUAGUACAAAGGGCGAUUGUAUUUUUAAUGACCCGGAUACGACCCAGAAUAAUUCAGUGACGAACCUCAAGAUUUUUUAUGACUGGCAACUUCUCACGAGUAACAUCGACGGAGGCCUGGCUAUGUUUGACCUCCGUUUCCCUGUCAAUCGGACACCUAUAAUGUCGUUUACAGGCAAUAUCAAUUCCUACACCACAAAGACUCCUAUUGCUACUGAUCCCCACAAUCAAUUUCUCUUCGCGGCUGGCCAAGACCGCCGCAUUCGCCUAUGGUCUCUCCGUACAGGAGGCCCACCGCUUGUUUCACCUGACAGCGUGUUUCAGAAGCCGUUUGAAGAUCCAAUCCGGGCGCUUCAAGUUGUUGAGGAAGAAGUGGGUGUUUUGGGCUUGUGGGCGACAUCGGGUGCAGCCCUCCACAAGUACAACCUAGGUCAAAGGAUGGAAGAAAAGUCCCAGGCGAUGCAACACUGAUUACAAAUGCCAGCCUAUGAACUUUUUCUUGUUCACAAGUAUCCUCUGCUUUUGCAGGUAGGUCCAGUACAAAAAAAAGGCGAGUGUACUGAGUGGAUUACUACUAGUCGAGUACGAAGACUUCCUG